AUGGGAAAUAUAAUAAUGAAAUGUAAAGAGUGUUUUCAUUUGUUCAAACCAAAACCUAUCUCGCAGACAUAAACUCAUUAGUUGGUCAAUUUGUCGAAUAACCCAGAGGAGGAAACACAAGGAAAAAUAAAUGCUCAACAAAUAAGUGAAUUCAAUUUUCAUCAAUUAGGCUUUACCCUAGAUAGAACAUAAUCAAAUGAAAAAACAAUUACUCAAAUAGAUGAAAAAAAUGAAAAUGACAUUACACUUGAAACGAUUUCAAAUUAAUAAUUAUCUGCUCUUAGGUCUUCAUAGAUGAAUUCAAAUUAAAAUCAAAAUGAAUCACAAUAAUUCAUGAUUAAUUAAGAGUGUAAAACCAAUCCAAGUUUGGACUCUCCUUAUCCCCUCUCUCUUAAACAAGGAUAAUUAUUAACGUUACCAAGCAUCAAUAAUAUCGAUCAAUCAGAAUUCAAUUCUUAUGCCUCCGAGACUAUGAAAUCAUUUAUUGAGAAGAUUGAAGAUGAGAAUAAUGGUGAUAGUGAGUAUCUCGUAAACGGACUUGACAUUGACCUAUUUGCUUCGCAUCAAAUGAGAAAUAAAAAAAUGUUUUUAAUAAUCAAAUUUUCUUUUGAUCUUAAUACUGAUAUUACUACAUUCUUAAAUUGGUCAAAUGAAAAAAAGUUAUUUGAUUUUGAAUUAAUCAACACAUACAAUUUGGAAAGACUAAAUGAAGAAGUAUCUAUUGGUGAAAUCACAUUAAAUAGACAAGGGAUGAUUAAGCAAUAAUACUUUACUUAUUUAAAAAUCAUUCGAAAAAUAGAUGAAGUGCAUUAUAUUGCAUUCUAAUCAGUGAGAUUUCAAGAUAAAUUGGAAGAGUAUUAAAAUGAAUUUUAAGAGGGCAAUCUAACUUUAGGAGGUCUAAAAAUUAGCUAGAAAAAUAAGUCUAGUCUAACAAUUAAAGGAUAUAUUGAUGCAGAUUUUGGAAUUAAGGUUGGAUUUCAUUUAACAUAAAAAACUAUAAGAGAUAAGGUAGUUGCCUCAGUAAUUAAAUUAAGGGAGUUGUUUAAUUGA